AUGCCCCGCUCCAGGCUCCAGGCUCAGCGGGGAGAGUCCGAGGCCCAUCCCGAAGAGGAGGACCCCCUAGACCGGUCAGGGAACAGCAGCUGCCGUGGGCUGUGUGUAUCCGGUUGUGUUGCCGUGAGUCUGCAGAAGAAUGAGCUGCUACACCGUGUCUCUGCCAGGACCCGGGCCCUGGGGCUUCAGGCUGCAGGGGGGCAAGGACUUCAACAUGCCCCUCACCAUCUCCAGGGAGCCGAGUCCACAGGAGCCGAGUCCACAGGAGCCGAGUCCACAGGAGCCGAGUCCACAGGAGCCGAGUCCACAGGAGCCGAGUCCACAGGAGCCGAGUCCACAGGAGCCGAGUCCACAGGAGCCGAGUCCACAGGAGCCGAGUCCACAGGAGCCGAGUCCACAGGAGCCGAGUCCACAGGAGCCGAGUCCACAGGAGCCGAGUCCACAGGAGCCGAGUCCACAGGAGCCGAGUCCACAGGAGCUGAGUCCACAGGAGCUGAGUCCACAGGAGCUGAGUCCACAGGAGCUGAGUCCACAGGAGCUGAGUCCACAGGAGCUGAGUCCACAGGAGGAUCUCACCUCCUGUCCCUCACCUCCCCCACCUCCUCAGGGGCCUCCUGUCCCUCACCUCCUCAGGGGCCUCCUGUCCCUCACCUCCCCCACCUCCUCAGGGGCCUCCUGUCCCUCACCUCCCCCACCUCCUCAGGGGCCUCCUGUCCCUCACCUCCUCCACAGAGUCCAGGGGCCUCCUGUCCCUCACCUCCUCCACAGAGUCCAGGGGCCUCCUGUCCCUCACCUCCCCCACCUCCUCAGGGGCCUCCUGUCCCUCACCUCCCCCACCUCCUCAGGGGCCUCCUGUCCCUCACCUCCUCCACAGAGUCCAAGGGCCUCCUGUCCCUCACCUCCUCCACAGAGUCCAGGGGCCUCCUGUCCCUCACCUCCUCCACAGAGUCCAGGGGCCUCCUGUCCCUCACCUCCCCCACUUCCUCCAGGGGCCUCCUGUCCCUCACCUCCCCCACCUCCUCAGGGGCCUCCUGUCCCUCACCUCCCCCACCUCCUCCAGGGGCCUCCUGUCCCUCACCUCCCCCACCUCCUCAGGGGCCUCCUGUCCCUCACCUCCCCCACCUCCUCAGGGGCCUCCUGUCCCUCACCUCCCCCACCUCCUCAGGGGCCUCCUCAGACAGAUCAGACACUGUUCAGACAAAGCUCAUUGAUCCCGUUUCUGAUCGAUGUGUUUGUUCGUGUCAGAGGACACAGCUCUGCCUCUCGUCAUGUGUCUGUGAGCCGCGAGAGCAGACACAGAUGCAGCUGCAAGACACUUCCCCCACAUUAGGUCCGGUGCUAGGUCCGGUGCUAGGUCCGGUGCUAUAUCCAAUGUUGGGUCCGGUGCUACGUCCGGUGCUGGGUCCGGUGCUGGGUCCGGUGCUGGGUCCGGUGCUAGGUCCGGUGCUAGGGCUGGGUCCGGUGCUGGGUCCGGUGCUGGGUCCGGUGCUGGGUCCGGUGCUGGGUCCGGUGCUAGGUCCGGGUCCGGUGCUGGGUCCGGUGCUGGGUCCGGUGCUGGGUCCGGUGCUGGGUCCGGUGCUAGGUCCGGUGCUGGGUCCGGUGCUGGGUCCGGUGCUGGGUCCGGUGCUUGGUCCGGUGCUGGGUCCGGUGCUAGCUGCAGGGGGCACACUGCAGAGACCAGCCCCCAGAGCUGCCCCAGAGCUGCCCCAGAGCUGCCCCAGAGCUGCCCCAGAGCUGCCCCAGAGCUGUCCCAGAGCUGCCCCAGAGCUGCCCCAGAGCUGUCCCAGAGCUGCCCCAGAGCUGCCCCAGAGCUGCCCCAGAGCUGUCCCAGAGCUGUCCCAGAGCUGCCCCAGAGCUGCCCCAGAGCUGUCCCAGAGCUGCCCCAGAGCUGUCCCAGAGCUGUCCCAGAGCUGCCCCAGAGCUGUCCCAGAGCUGUCCCAGAGCUGCCCCAGAGCUCCCCCAGACUGCCCCAGAGCUGUCCCAGAGCUGUCCCAGAGCUGUCCCAGAGCUGUCCCAGAGCUGUCCCAGAGCUGUCCCAGAGCUGCCCCAGAGCUGUCCCAGAGCUGUCCCAGAGCUGUCCCAGAGCUUCCCCAGAGCUGUCCCAGAGCUGUCCCAGAGCUGCCCCAGAGCUGCCCCAGAGCUGCCCCAGAGCCACCCCAGACUGCCCCAGACUGCCCCAGAGCUAUCCCAGAGCUGCCCCAGAGCUCCCCUAGACUGCCCCAGAGCUAUCCCAGAGCUGCCCCAGAGCGUCCAGAUGAAGGUCUGGGUCUGGUCCCUUCGUCAGGUCCAGAUGAAGGUCUGGGUCUGGUCCCUUCGUCAGGUCCAGAUGAAGGCCUGGGUCUGGUCCCUUCGUCAGGUCCAGAUGAAGGCCUGGGUCUGGUCCCUUCGUCAGGUCCAGAUGAAGGCCUGGGUCUGGUCCCUUCGUCAGGUCCAGAUGAAGGCCUGGGUCUGGUCCCUUCGUCAGACUCUGCUGACGUCCGUCCUCUGCAGUUUUUAGGUUAA